AGAGGUUCGGAUUGCUUUCAGACCACAUGUCCGCCUGUUCUAGCAAAAAAUGCCCACUGUGCAUACUUUGGAAUGAUCACUAGUCGCUAAAACUUUGGUCCAUAUUGGACUUGUAGUUACUGUGAUAGACUUCUAACAGAAAGGGGGUGUCUUAAGGCUAUUUACUUUCUAAAAAGCAUGCCGGUAAAGUCAGUGAUUGUUCUUUGAGUCUACAAUCUUUCUAUUAAAUCUAAUUAGAACAUACUUUUUAGGUAACGAGUCAAUUAUAUUAGAUGCCAACUAUUUCAUUCAGUCGUCACCUAAUUGGACUAGCUCAUUACCUCAACACGGAUCAUUCGACCUUCUUAUUGAAUAUAAAUGUUCACAAUCCGUUAAACUAUCACUCAUUUUUGAAGAACAGUUAACAAAUAAAAUACUACUAAAUCAAACCUUCUAUCUCGAUGAACAACCAACAAGAAUUCAGAAAUCGUUUACUCUUUCCUUUAAUAAUCAAAAUUUAUCUCUAAAUACGGUUAUUCGUUGUUAUCUAACACUUAGUAAUCAACUUAAUAACAUUAUACAUGCAACCAGUUUAGUUUACGGAACAGUAUUAACAAAGUAUCAAGGUUUCAAAGUUGACGGUUAUAAUCUAUUAACAGCAAAUGGUGAUCUAUUUUUAAUACGUGGUGUUAACAGCCAACAUGCUGAUUAUGAUGGGUAUGAUCGAAAUUAUUUGUAUGAUGCAUUACCAUCAAUGAAAGACAAGAAAUUUAAUAGUGUUCGUAUUCUAUGGCGAAAAGAUAUAUCACACUCGGGUUUUAAAAAUCAUUCGUACUUAGAACACAUAAUAAAACGCUGUAUUGAAUUAGAAAUGAUUCCAAUUGUUGAAUUACACGAUGUUACAAUGAGUUCGUCUAUUGAUGAUUUAUUAAGUAUGGCUGAUUUUUGGAUAGAACAUUUACCGUUAUUAAUUCGUUAUAGAAAAUAUAUUAUUGUUAAUAUUUGUAAUGAAUGGGGUUCGUUUUUCACGCGAAGUACAAAAUGGUCGUAUGCAUAUCAACUAGUAGUGCAACAAAUACGUCAAGCUGGAUAUAGUGGUGUUUUAUUAAUUGAUUCACCACGUUCGGGACAAAGUGCAAGGGCAAUUCGACGACAAGGUGCAAAUAUUAUUCAGUCAGAUCCUGAACAUAAUAUCUUAUUUAGGUACAUAUUCAAUCCUCCAAUCGUUCAUAUGUAUAUUCAAUGGUGUACAUGGCCAUUGUUUACCUAUAAUAUUCGAUCUCAAUUAUUAUCUUAUAGACUCCUAAAUUUGCCAUUAAUUAUUGGCGAAUUUGCUUCAUCGCAUCCGAUGCCAAAAUUUCUUCAAUGUACAUUAGUUAAGAUUGACAUUAAAACUAUAAUGGAAGAAUGUUAUGAUUUACAAAUUGGUUAUAUUGGUUGGUCAUGA